AUGCCUCCAAAGAUUCAUCUCGUGCGCCAUGCGCAGGGAGAACACAACGCCACUCGCGACUACAGCAUUCGCGAUGCAGUACUGACGGCCAAAGGCAAGGAGCAAUGCCGCGCCCUCAGCUCGACGUUUCAGCACCACCAAAAGAUAGAGGCGGUAUUUGCGUCGCCGCUGCGCCGGACGAUUCAGACGGCUGCGCUCAGCUUUGGGCCUGUACUGUCGCGCAAAGAGGUGCCGUUUGUGCUGCUGCCGGCGCUGCAGGAAGUCAGCGACAUUGGGUGUGAUGUAGGGCUGGCCGACACUGCAGAGGAUUUGCAGCGGCUCCUGCCCGAUGUGUUUGCGGCGGGCGAGAUUGAUUUCGACCUGAGCAAAAUCGAGGCGUCAGCGGUAACGGCGGGAUGGAAUUCCAAGCAGGGCUACUGGGCGUAUGAGAAGGCGGCCAUUUCUCUGCGCGCAGCAGAGCUGAGGAAAUGGCUGUACCAGCGGCCAGAGACAGAGAUACUCGUGGUAACGCAUGGCGCCUUCGCUCAUUUCUUGACCGAGGACUGGGAUGUCGAAGACCCGAUGCUGGGCACUGCGUACAAAAAUUGUGAGCAUCGGGUGUUUGUCUUCACGCCGGAGUCUACGGCCGAGAAGGCGCAUGUUGAGGAGACAUGGGAAAGCAGGAGAAGCCGAGCGCCGCAGCAGGUCGAGACGGACCCGCACGUUGUGGAAGAGUUUUUGGAAACGGCUGCGUGAAUAAGCGCUGCAUGGGUGACGGCGGUACUUAGGCAGGCAGGCAGGCAGGCCGACGAUGGAUGGGCUCAAGACAGGUUGGCGAGGGGUGGUGGGCGAGGCGGUAUGUGCAUGGGCGGUAUCAGUACAGUAUUGCGCGAGGGUCUGGAGAAGGAGAGCACGCGACAGGCGGGUGGCAUGUCACAGGGCGUCGUCGGGUCGAGG